AGGCAGUUACUCCUGUCAGUACUUGUACUGUGUGUCAGCGGCAGGAACAGAGCAGCAGCCAUGGAUGACGUAUAUAAAGCAGCGGUUGAAAACUUGACAGAGGAGCAGAAAAAUGAGUUCAAGGCUGCAUUUGACAUCUUCAUUCAAGAUGCCGAGGACGGCUGCAUCAGCACCAAAGAGUUGGGGAAGGUGAUGAGAAUGCUGGGGCAGAAUCCCACCCCCGAAGAGUUACAGGAGAUGAUUGAUGAGGUAGAUGAGGAUGGCAGUGGAACGGUAGACUUCGAUGAGUUCUUGGUUAUGAUGGUGCGCUGCAUGAAGGAGGAGAGCAAAGGAAAAUCGGAGGAGGAGUUGGCUGAACUUUUCCGCAUGUUUGAUAAGAAUGGAGACGGCUACAUAGACCUAGACGAGCUCAAGAGUAUGCUGGAGUCCACCGGAGAGGCCAUCACUGAAGACGACAUUGAGGAGCUGAUGAAGGAUGGAGACAAAAACAAUGACGGCAAAAUUGAUUACGAUGAGUUCCUGGAGUUCAUGAAAGGCGUGGAAUAAAGGAUUCUGCUGGAGGCCUCACAUUACAGCAUCCGUCUUCACUCGGCGUUAAGGCCAUUCCUGAAGCUGUGUCUCCACCUGUUGUCUGCUUUAAGCAAUACAAGGCACUUGUCCUGUCAGCUUUUCUCAAAUGACCCGCUGAGGUCCAGACAAGCUUGCCAGGAUAUCUCAUCAAGCACAGAAACCUUUUUUUCUGAUAGAGAUGAUUAAUCAGAGUCAUAUAGAGAGACUAUUUUCAAUAAAAAUAUUUCCAUAAUUGUG